AUGAACGCACAUGCAGAAUACCAUUCAUCUUCGUCAUCUGGUUACUCGAAAAAGAUUCGUUAUUACUUUCCACCCUUUCAGUUAUCCACAUUCCAAAAACUAUUGCAUUCAACGAACGUACUGAGACUACCUCUGAUUUCUUCAACUUGUAACAGUGUACAUGCCUCGUUUUUUAGGAUGAUCCCUUACUUUUCAAUAUUCCUCCCGUCCCUGUUGCUGCUUCUUCCACUCCACUUUUCAAACGAUCUGUUUGUUUAUGCACAACCAUUCACAUGUUUUGGAUUGUUACCUUCAGACCCAGGUGUUUGCAAUUUUCAAGGAACAUGUCUCUCUCAAGACACAUGUCAAUGCUUUCCUAGUUAUGGAGGUUUGGAUUGUUCUCAACCCAUGUGCAAUGGCAUUCGAGCAGAUGAACUCGGAUUAGUCUGCAGUGGAAGAGGAGCUUGCAUGGCACCAGAGACCUGUCUGUGUGUGGAUCCCAACAAGUAUGGAGGUCAAUUUUGUGAACAAGUCAAAUGUUUUGGCAUCUUUUCAGGAAACUCGACGGUGUGUUCUUCACAUGGAAGUUGUGUGGGAUCGGAUUUGUGUCAAUGUCGAGAGGGAUAUUCGGGUGUGAAAUGUGAAAUUCCCAAGUGUUUUGGAAUUGAAGGAAAUAAUCCCUUGGCCUGUAGUGGACGAGGGAAGUGUGUAGAAAUGGAUUGUGUACUUGUAAUUCAGGAUUUUAUGGACCUCAGUGUGAAAGAGUGUCAUGCUUCAGUCAAGUUUCACACGUUGAAAUGA